AACGGUUGUUCCAUUCCUUUCGAAGCGCUCUGUCUCACCGUCUGUUUGUCUUCGCUCUCAAGCAAAUUCCAAUUAACAAAACAAAUCUUUAUCGAUUCCGUUCCUGAUUGACGAUUCGUCGGCAGCAUAAAGAUGCUAUGUUAUUCGCGAUCAGUACAGAGAUGAUGAUCGGGGCUGUGCAAUUAGGUGUGGUGGCGGCGUGCAUCGUCCUCUUGGUGCCCAUGGCAAUGGCCGGAUGGCAUUUGAGCAGAAACAAGAUGCUCUUCUUCAGUGGAGUCCUGUUCAUCUCUCUCGCGGUAUGUGUCCAUUUGACUCCCUAUUUCCCUGCCGUUUCUGAUCUGGUAACUUCCGUUUCAUCCAUUGUUGUGUUCGAUCAUCGCGUUUCUUGUAUUAAUUCGGUUAAUGAGAUUGUAUGGGAUGUGAAGCCCAAGAUUCAUGUUCAAAUCGGUGAUGCAAAUUCUAGUUCUGAUUACUAUGAUAAAAAUUGGGAUUGGGCAAAAACGAGUAAAGUCAGUGCUUGUGAUUUUCAGAAAUUGAGUAAAUCGGAUGCAUCAGAUUUGCUGAACGGAUCGUGGGUUGUUGUCUCCGGUGAUUCACAAGCCCGAUUAGUUGCAUUGUCGUUGUUAAAUUUGGUUCUGGGUUCGGAUUCCACGCGCAUGGAGUCGGUUAGAUGUGAUUUGUUUAAGAGGCACAGUGAUUAUAACAUUUUUGUGGAUGAGAUUGGUAUGAAAUUGGAUUUUAUCUGGGCUCCUUAUGUCACCAAUUUUACUAGUUUAAUAAGGGAAUACAAGCGAAAAAAGAGUUACCCUGAUGUUAUGGUGAUGGGGGCAGGGCUAUGGCAUAUGCUUCAUUUCACCAAUGCAUCGGAUUAUAAUGAUGAUUUACGAAUUUUAAGGAAUUCUGUGGUGUCAUUCUUACCAUUUUCGUCAGAUUUAGGCACCAAUGGACCUGUCACUGGUUCUGAAUCCAUUAGGUCACCACAUUUGUUUUGGCUUGGGAUGCCAGUGUUGAUAAAUAGCAUGCUGAAUACACAGGAGAAGAGGGAGAAGAUGGGUGACGCAAUGUGGCAUGCUUAUGACAGAGCUCUUGGAUACAGUAGGUUAUUGCGCCAAACCGGUGGCCCUCUUGUAUUGCUUGAUAUUGAGUCAUUGACUUGGAAUUGUGGGCCACGGUGCACAGCUGAUGGUAUGCAUUAUGAUGUAGCUGUUUAUGAAGCUGCAGUUCAUGUAAUGUUAAAUACAUUGCUUAUUGAGUCACAUCAGAAGCUUUGAAGGGAAUGGUUAAAGUUUUUCUGAAUUCUGUGGAGUUUUUCUUGGAAUACGCUCAAGGUUAAAUACUGAAUUCCAAGCAUUUGACUCUUGGGAGUGGCUCCAACCAUCUAGCAUCUUGAAUUCUUGCCAGGUUUUUGGUUUUCCCCUUUUCUCUAGACUAGAUUGUCUCACAAGUAAAAUUUUUCUAAGUUAGACACAGAUAAAAGUUGAUUUUUUUCCUUUCCAAAUGUCUGAAUACCAAAUACUCUUUGUGGAUGAAUUCUUGUCCAAUAACAUUGUAUGAUUCACAUUCAAUUUUAAUGUGAGGAAGUUAUACACCUUGGGGGAGGGGGUACAGACAACUUCAUAUAUUUGUAUAGACUUGAUUAAAAUAUGCUAUCAGGAUAAUCAUAUCUGGGGAUAGAUAAACCUACCCUUGUUGGUAAUUUAGUACCUGUUAAACUUGCCUGAAGGCUCUCUGGAAAAACAUUUGCAUCUAGACUAUUGCACCGCUAUGGUAUAUGGAAUGUUUUCCUCUAAAAUAAAAAAUAAAUUUAAAAGUUUUUGCCAUGUAUGAUUGUAAAGCUUCUAUGUGAGAUAAGAUUGUUCAUGUAAUAUAUCCAUCAAUCAUUG